UUAACCAAUAGAAAAGCCGCCGCUUGCUCCCAGCGGCAGAGGCUCCUCCCUUUUGCCCCGGAAAGUACAUGCGUUCGUCCAGGCUACAGAAAUACUGACAGAUGGGGCUGAGCUAAAACGGAUCGCGCUGUUGUAAUCUUGCAGGUGUCCGUGUGGUGCCCAUGCCGGCCGCAGGCUGAUGACCGACAGGAUGCGGCACCACUGGCUGCUGCUCGGUGCGUGCGGCUGGGUGCUGCUCAUCCUCAUGUUCGCCAGCAAAUUCAUCAAUUUGAACUUUAGAGUCCCGGAUGACUAUGGGGGUAAAUCUGAGCUGCUGAGCUGGACAGAGUCGGCCAUGAAAAACCUCCAAUCGCCUGCCGCCCGAGAGCCAGAGAAGAGCCCAGCUUCACCGGGCCCGUCUGCGGCCGGUGGCACGCUGGACCCGCUGGACUGGCAGGCCGUGGAGACGCAGCGGCUGGAGCUCCUCUCCAGCGUGUGUGGCAACGCGUCACUGAGGAACCUCACGCACACGCCCGUCAGCAGGUUCGUCCUGGACCGCAUUUUCGUCUGCGACAAGCACAAGAUCCUGUUCUGCCAGACGCCCAAAGUGGGAAACACCCAGUGGAAGAAGGUCCUGAUCGUCCUGAACGGAGCUUUCUCUACGGUGGAGGAAAUUCCGGAGAGUGUGGUGCAUGACCAUGAGAAGAACGGCUUGCCCCGCCUGUCAUCGCUGAGUGAGCAGGGGAUCCGGCACAGGCUCAGCACGUAUUUUAAGUUCUUCAUCGUGCGCGACCCCUUUGAGAGACUCAUCUCUGCUUUCAAGGACAAGUUCCUGCAGAACCCGCGAUUUGAGCCCUGGUACAAGCACGACAUUGCGCCCGCCAUCAUCCGUAAAUACCGCCGGACGCAGCGCGAGGGGGCCCCGGGCCUGCGCUUUGAGGACUUUGUCCGUUACCUGGGCGACCCUGGCCGCCGUCGAUUGGACCGGCAGUUUGGGGACCACGUUAUCCACUGGGUGAGCUACACUGAGCUGUGUGCUCCCUGCGAGAUCGGCUACAGCGUGGUGGGACACCACGAGACCCUGGAGAGGGACGCCCCCUUCAUCCUGCGGGCUGCCGGCAUCCACCGCCUGGUCUCCUAUCCCACAAUCCCCCCUGGCAUCACCCGCUAUAACCGCACCAAGGUGGAGCGCUAUUUCUCCGGCAUCAGCAAGCGUGACAUCCGCCGUCUUUACGCUCGUUUCCAGGGAGAUUUUAGCCUCUUUGGUUACCAGCGGCCCAACUUCCUCCUGGACUAACCCGCCAAAAUAAAAGCGGCUCACGGCCACAUCGGGUCCCUCCUCCCUCCCACCUCCUGCACCUCUUUUUCUGUUUUCCUAAAGUUCCUGAACACGGCUUGUAGAAAGAGGGAGGGAGAGAGGAAGAGAUGGAGAGAAGGAGAGGGGGAGCGAGAGAGAGACAGUAAACAUGCAGAGCCAUAUCUGGUCAUGUGACCCUGAGCAGAUCACUCUUCAGGAAGGGGAGCAGGCCUCUGGUAGGAGAGAUGAUCGUUGGCCUGCUUGGAAGUGGUUCUUGUGGGCACGUCCACGGCUCUGGUCUCUGCAUCUCUGGAGGGGGGGGGAGGGGGGGGGAGGGGGAGACACCCUCCACACCCCCUCGUCUCCAUGUGUCAAAGCGGUCACCAUGGAAACGUUUCAGCAAUGGGUAGCCGCUGUGUUUCCAUUUGAUUACAGAGAGGCCUGAGUGUAGUUUUAUUUAACAAUGUACUGUAUGGAUAAUAAUAAUAAUAAUAAUAAUAAUAAUAAUAAUGUUAUUUUGAGGCUGCAGUGACUGUCUGACAUUACUCCUUUGAGAGGAGAACACAUACAUUACUAUACCUGGACUAACAUUAUAUUGCUAUGGAGCAGCAGUACUGCUGCACUCUGACCUGCUCAUCUGUCCUUUAGUACUGAGGGCGGGUCCAGGGAAGAAGGAGUGCCUCUCGUUGGCUAUUUCCUAAUAAACUGAAGGGGGAACCCUCUGACAAUGUGUGCUUAAAAACAGGAAAAAUACAUGUUUUUCUCUCCUGAGCUACAGUCAUAAGCCACAGACACAGAUUAUGGAAUGGUGGAGCUGCAGAGAUGGAGAUUAUGGAAUGGUGGAGUAGCAGAGAUGGAGAUUAUGGAAUGGUGGAGCUGCAGAGAUGGAGAUUAUGGAAUGGUGGAGCUGCAGAGAUGGAGAUUAUGGAAUGGUGGAGCUGCAGAGAUGGAGAUUAUGGAAUGGUGGAGUAGCAGAGAUGGAGAUUAUGGAAUGGUGGAGCUGCAGAGAUGGAGAUUAUGGAAUGGUGGAGCUGCAGAGAUGGAGAUUAUGGAAUGGUGGAGUAGCAGAGAUGGAGAUUAUGGAAUGGUGGAGCUGCAGAGAUGGAGAUUAUGGAAUGGUGGAGCUGCAGAGAUGGAGAUUAUGGAAUGGUGGGGCAGCAGAGAUGGAGAUUAUGGAAUGGUGGAGUAGCAGAGAUGGAGAUUAUGGAAUGGUGGAGCAGUAGAGAUGGAUAUUAUGGAAUGGUGGGGCAGCAGAGAUGGAGAUUAUGGAAUGGUGGAGUAGCAGAGAUGGACAUUAUGGAAUGGUGGAGUAGCAGAGAUGGAGAUUAUGGAAUGGUGGAGCAGUAGGGAUGGAGAUUAUGGUGGGCUCCCUUUUCUUCUUGAUGGAGACUCAGAAGCUCAUUUUUCUAGAGCUGCUGAAGGAUCUUGGAAAGAUGCCAUAAUGCAUUAAUGAUCGGCUGUCGAUGACUGUAAUGGUUUGAUGGUUGUGAAGCUCCUGAUUCGUUAGUCAAUUACAAUGAGCUCUCUGAUUAGCGGAAAUUGGCUGUUGUAUCUUCCUUGAUUGGCUGACUAUGGACUCUGCUGUUUGGUGACCUUCCCCAGGGUAGUCCAACUGCAAGAUCCCAAAUCCAAUAAAAUCUAACUGUGUGUGUGUACGUGUGUGUGUGUGUGCGUGUGUGCAUGUGUGUGUGUGUGUGUUCAUGUAUGUAUGUAUGUAUGCAAGCUUGCACGCGGAAGUACAGAUUUGGGUCAGAUCUGGAUAAUUAGCCUGAGCUCGUUUAGAGGCUCAGGUGUGAUGAUGACCAGAUGGUGCGGAAGCUGGGCGCCUGGACAGCCUGCUGAUCCUCAGCCAUAGGACAGUGUGAGAGCCCCGCCCUCUGCAGGGCCGACCAGAAGCCGCUCCCUGGCAGAAUGAGCGCUGUGAUUGGUGGGAUUGAUGGCACAGUGCCUGUGUGAGUCAGAGCGCUGUGAGAUUUGUGUUGACACUCAAGACUCUGUGUGCUUCUCCAGUACACUAUAUCUGUCUCUGCAGUUUGCGUACUCAUGCACUAGGGGGCACCAGUCAGCCAUGCUGGAGCGAUAAAACAGGCUCCACAAAGACAUCUUCAUUGUUAGGUUUCAUUUAAAAAUGGACAAUAAAAGUUAAUGUGAUCAAAAGGUA